AACCAUCACGGUAGAAGUGCAUUCCCCGGUUCCCCCCGGAGCUGAGACGCUACCUGAUGAGCCUGUCACCCCUACUCCUGGUAAGAGCACCACGGUAGUGGAUGCAGCCAAGAAGAGUGCUGUCCAUGCUGAGUUCGUGCUGCAAGGAGUUCACAUUACGCUCUUCACCAAUGAGCCGAGACUGCCUAUGGGAGGCCAAGGGUUAGACCAGCGUGAUCUACGCUACGGUCUGUCCAGCUUCCAACUCCAAGAAGUCAAAGGAUCCGCAUCGCUGUUCACCGGUGGUUCUCUGGAGCUACGGGCGUCGAUGCUGAGCGUUACCCUGGAUGAUAUACGGCCCAAGAGCCCAUUAGCCAUCAAGAGUAUCCUCCUGAAAUCCGGCAAGAAGGGCGCCAAGGCCAAACCCCGGCCAGGAAACGGGGAUUCCCCAAUGAUCUCCCUGACAUACUCACGCAAUGAACUCAACGAUCAACUAGUGGAGUUCACCGUGGAUGGCGUUCGUGUCAACAUCUUUGUCCACUAUCUCUUGGCUCUCCAUCAGUUCUUCAGCAGCGCAUUGACCAAACCAACGAUCAUGUCGCCAACCAGUUCGUUUCCUGGUGCAACAUCUCGUCAGACAUCAAGGAUGGCGGCAGAGCUAAGCCCCGUUGAGUUGAGGCAAGGAACUCUGAGGGUGACAGGUCACGUCAGGAAACCUGAGGUGGUACUCUUUGAUGACCCUACCAGUGAGAAUAGCCAGGUCCUGGUCAUGAAGCUUGGAGUGUCGCUCGCUUACCAAGCAGACGUUGCUGAAGAGACGGCCAUUGCCAACGUCACUGAUGUAGAGAUCUACUCUUGCGUAUACUCCCAGCUUCUAACAACUGCAUACAAGGUGUUAGAACCUUGUGCCCUGACCUUCACUCGAUCAGUCAGUACUACUAGAGAUGAAACCAUGGCCGUUGAUGUGACUGACGUCAAGCUUCACGUAUCCCCCAGGGUGGUGUACAUUGUACAGGGAGUGAUUGAGGCGCUUGACUCGGUCAGACAGAAGCCCACUACCACCCGUCAUCUGAUAGACUAUGACCAGGAAGAUAUGUGGACUCCUAAACCCAUAUUCUCUCACGGAUUCCACAAAAGAAAAGGCAGCAUGAAGAACAUGGUUGACUUUGGUCCGGCGCCCGACCCCUCUGGUGCUAAACAAAAACUGACCGUUCAGGUUCCAAGGGUCAAGAUCUUGCUGGAACUCGAAGAGGUUCAAGAAUAUGUGGCCAUGCUUGGCAUCCGCAGUGGGCUGCAGGCUACGGUCUGUGAUUGGAACCAUAGUCUGAAUGCGUCAGCUGAGGUUUCCCUUGAGGUUCAUGUCUACAAUGAGAAAGUCAGCACCUGGGAACCUCUCAUUGAACCAGUCAUGGAACAGGAGAAGGUCUACAAGCCCUGGGAGCUCAUGAUCAAGAUGACCCAGGCUGAAGGUCAUCCCAUCGUCUGCACAAGUCUGUAUGAUACCAACCCAUGCAGUCAACGAGACAGCAUUGAUGGCGUCUUACCAAUGAUCAAACCUCCAGGCUCAUACCCAGCCACAGAGAGUGAUACAGAGAGUGACUCACAGGAUGAGGCGGAACUAGAAUGGGAUGGGCAUUACAGCAGCAGCUUCCUGAGCAGUGAUAUAGGCAGUCCAAUGGAUGCAGAGAAGCAGUUCCAGCCAGAAACCAUGUCAGAAGAAGAUCUGGACGAAAGCGACUCGGAAGGUUUCUUUGACAAAGCCAAGGACUUCUUCAGUGACAUCUUCUCCAGUGAUACUGAUGAGGAACAGGAGGGGGCAGGAGAAGAGAAUGGAACGGCCCUGCAGAGAGCGACAUCUCUGGAGGGAGGGAAGACAGACAGUGGAAUAGCCUCCCUUGCCCAGCCAACUUCCGCAUCGGUGGCCAGUGACAUGAGCGCUGGUAAAGAUGAAACUGAUUCUGAUCUGACAUCCUUGGAGCCUGAGUCUCAGGCCACGUACCUAAUCAUCAAUUCCUGGGAUCGCAUGGAGCUGUCGGUCACCCCAAACACUAUCGGUGUCCUGACCGACUUGGCCGGUGCGUUCACUGCCAAACCAGAUCCUAAGAUGCGACUUCUGGCCGAGCAGAAAGCAGCCUUGAGGAUUGUCAACACUACGGGGUUGAAGGCCAAGAUGUUUAUACCUGCUGAGCUGUUGAGUUCCACAGCAGCUGAGGGUGUUAGCCUGGAGCCAUCAGGUAUAGAUAUACCAGAUCAGCCUAGCCUAUCCAUCCAAGCCAUGGAAGACAGCGAGGAUCCCAUGGGCUACCUCAGUAAGGUAGUCAAGUCAUCCAGAUACUCAGAGGUCUAUGAAGCUACUCAAGAAGUUGCGGAUGCUACAGACGGACCACCGACUCCUAAACUCAAGGAUCCCCAGUCUGGACAGUUUAUUUUUGAGGUGGCGGGUAUGGCUCCGAUAACACACUUUGCCGCUUCUAAGGCCGUCAAAACGCCCUUUAUAUUAGCACCCUUACAGGGAGGGGAGAAGUACCCCGUUGUUCGAGAAGUGGACAUUUCCCACGGCAGGAAAACAAUUAAAGUGCGGUCUCCGGUACAAGUGGUCAACAACUGCCCAGUUACCAUGCAGUUGUACUACAAGUCGCUGGACCUACAGACCUUACAGGGCCCUGCUAUACCAGGCCAGGGGCUGGAGGAGUUCGUCUUGCUGGCUAGACUCCAACCUAAGGAAGUCUUUGACGUUCCUGUCAUUGUUGCUUACAACGCUGGGAUCUAUGCUUGUCCUGCCGAUCAGGGCUUUAGUAUCAGUGAGAAGCCAAUCAAAUGGCAGGAGCUGAUGUCCCCCACGGAGCUGAGCGUUCGCUGCAUGUCCAAGCAGAAAGGAGAGCUACCAUUCCACUUCAAGGUGACUCGUAAGGAGCAGAAACUCUCUGACAGUCUGAACUCCUCAGCUGACGUGCCUUCGUAUAUCCUGGAUCUCUUCCCACCAAUCACAAUCCACAACUACCUCCCGUAUGAUGUCGUCUACUCCAUGAAGGAGAAUGGUCUGAAGUUCCUCUUGAAAGGAGACAAGAUGGCGAUCUACUCCACCGAUCUCAGCGAAGCUCAGAAAAUGAAGAUACAGGUUAAGAGUUACCUAUCAGCCAACUGGGAAGGCAACCUCCUGGUCUCCAGGGAGAUGAAAUCCCACGAAUCCGUGGCCAUGGAAACCAAGGAUACCGAAGGAGAUCAGAAGAAGUAUCUAACUCUGUGGGCUCACAGCACGACAGACGGCGGGACGUGGGAUAUCUUCCUAUACACACCCUACUGGAUUGUCAACAAGUCUGAGUUACCCAUAGAAAUCAGGGCUUCAAGGUCGAGAAAGGUGUACAACAAUCACUCAGUGAGCGAACCGAUCCUGUUCAGUUUCACGAACACCAAGAGAAAAAAGGCCAAGAUGCGAGUGUUUGAUUCGGUGUGGUCAGCGUCCUUCUCCCUGGAUACUGUCGGAAGCUCUGGUGUUGUCAUUUGUAAAGAUGAAGACCAUGACAGAACGUACCAGUUUUGGUUGGAGAUCUCCUUAUCCAAGCUGACACUCACCAAGAUAGUGACCCUAACGCCGUAUUUCCUAAUCCGCAACAAGACUGACCAUGUACUGUCCUAUAUGGAGGAGGGAGUCCGAGCUGGUAUAUGGGUCAAUAUUAAACCUACUGAGGUGCUGCCAUUUUGGCCUGGUAGUGAGUCCAUGAAGUUGAUGUGUAAGAGAGCCGAGACACCAGACCAACUCUCCUCCAGACACUUCAGUAUUGACAGCUCACAUUCCACAGUACUGCGGAUGGAGAGAGGGACUGCGUUAACCGUUGAGACAGAGGGGGGUGUGCGAGGACCAACCACGGUCACCUUCAUGCCUUACUCCAUCGGACAAGCACCAGUCAGAGUGGACAAUCUGUGCGAUGAUGUCAACCUACGCUUCAAUCAAAAGAACAUUGGUGGUAGACUCCUUCUCCAGCCGCACAAGACGAUGCUCCUCACCUGGGAUGAUCCAACAGCAGAGAGGGUCUUUCUGUGGAAUCUGUACAACAGAAACAAGAAGUCAUUUGAUUGCAUCACUGAUAGGGAUGGUUGGGGUAAAGUGACUGUCAGCGUUGAUAGCAUCAAACGAAGCAUGAUGCCUGGAGAUGGACUGUACGUAGAAGGAGAUGAUGCUAGUGUCUACAGCUCAGAUGAAGAGGAUGCAGUAGAUAGCCUGAUGGAGCACCCAUUGAUGCAUCGUAAGGAGAAGACGACCAUCUUCUGGGUGUCUUACAUGGAUGGUUUGCAGAGAGUCCUCAUGUUCACUCAGAGCCCUCGCAUCGCUAGAGCUGCCUCACAGGCUAACAUCUCUGAACUGGCCAGCCUGGAGCUGUUCAUCUCACUAGAAGGUUUGGGUCUGUCCCUGAUCAACUCCCUGUAUGAGGAGGUUGCCUAUGUCAGCCUGUACUGCCCACCUGCCAGAUGGGAGGUGGAAACCAAACCAGAUAAAUGGAAGUCACUCAACAUGGAGCUGUCUUCCAUCCUAGAGGACAAGUUCAGGAUAGGAGCGGGAUCCGUGGCGAUUGAAGAGGCUGUGGAGGCUGAUCUGGUUAACAAGACCAUCAGUAAACCCAUCGAGGGUCGUCUACGUCGACUCUUCAACCCAGCCCUCUGGGUGCACUUCAGGAAGUCUGAUCACCACACUGGGCUGCAUGUCAAAGUCCAGAAAGUCCAGAUCGACAACCAACUCUUUGAUGCUUACUUCCCAACGGUCCUAAACGUCCUCCCCAUUCCUAAGGCUAUUCUCAAGAAGACAGGUCCCCGACCGUUCAUUGAAAUGGCAUUGCUACGACGUCAGGUACCAGAGAAUGAUGUCGACACAGUCAAGUAUUUCAAGGUGCUUGUUCAAGAAGCUAGUCUCAAGAUUGACAACGGUUUCCUGCUGUCUGUCUUAGACAUCGUCUCUGGACUGCAAGAGGAAGAAGAUGAGGUUGUAUCAUUGCAAGCCGAUCUGACCUACAUACAACGCUCUCUCCGUGAUUCUUCCUCAGCGGUUGCAAACGGCAAGACGCCCAUAUACUUCGAGUACUUUCAUCUUUCUCCACUCAAGAUCAUAGUGAGCUUGUCCCUGAGUGGGGAGCCCCAUGUUGUUGCCAGGCCAACCAGCUUCAAGAAGGAUCUGGUGCGAUUCUUUGUCGAGUCGGUCGGUUCAACGCUCACUGAGGUGACUGAGGUGGAAUUGAAACUGGCCUUCUUUGAGAGAACCAAUGUCUUGUUGACCUCUGACCAGCUGUUGGAAGAUGUCAAAGGUCAUUACAUCUCUCAAGGAAUCAAGCAGGCGUAUGUCUUCAUCCUGGGCUUGGAUGUCCUGGGCAAUCCCUACGGUCUCUUCAGAGACGUCAAGGAGGGAAUCAGUGACUUCUUCUACGAGCCCUAUCUUGGUGCCAUCCAGGGUCCGGGAGAGUUUGCUGAGGGUCUAGCCAGAGGUGUUCAGAGCUUGCUUGGACACACUGUGGGUGGCGUUGCUGAUACACUUCACGGUCUCUCGGGCACCUUAGGCAGAGCUCUGGCCGUCCUGUCCUUCGAUGAGGAUUACCAGAGGAGACGACUUCAACGGUUGCAGCGACAUCCCGACAGCUUGCCCAAGAGUUUCUUGUACGCUGGACAAGGAUUUAUCAUGGGUAUUGUCAUGGGUCUGUCAGGGGUCUUCACAAGCCCCAUCAAGGGAGCUCACGAUGGAGGUCUCAAGGGCUUCUUCAAGGGCAUCGGUAAGGGGCUACUCGGUCUGAUCAGUAAGCCGGCAGGAGGAUUGGUGGAUGGAGUCACCGUCAUCUUAGAUGGGAUCGAGAGAGCUACGGAGAUGGGCGAGAACAUCGUGAUCAGGAUGCGCAUACCAAGGUUCAUUGAUCCUAACGUGGGUCUGGAGCCGUACUCACUGUAUGAAGCCAAGGGCAACUCAAUGCUUCACAAGAUCCGUCGCAGUGAUCUCUACAAGACAGAUGUCUACUUCUUUCAUGCUGUCGUCACGUCAGACAGCACGCCGGAUGUAGUCCUCUUAACUAAUAAGAGGAUCUUGCUAUUGGAGAGAUGCAGGUGGUGGGGAGGCUGGGACUUGGAGCAGUCAGAUCUCUUCACUUCCCUCAUUGGUGAUCCGACGAUCGGCCCAAACAAAAUCAUCUACAAAGUCCAGCCGGAGGGCUCGGAUGUCGUCGAGCGAGAAAUCCGAUGUGAUGACGAGGAGACUGCACAGUGGGUACUGCACAAGGUAGAGGAGGCCAUGAACCAAGCUAGCCUGGUCAGCCCUGCUACUGAUGCCUUCCUGACAGUAACAGAUCACUGAUAGACAAGACCAGGCUAAGUACACAGCAAUGCCAGGUCAGUGACCUUAACCUUGUAUACACUGCAAAAAUGUAUACACUGUAUACAAAAUGUAUACACUGUGUACAAAAUGUAUGAACUGUAUACAAAAUGU